AUGGCUAUCGCUCGGCCGGUCAGAGUCCUCGGACUCGCCGCCAUCUUCAUGUGGUGUUUCUUCCUCUACCAGAUCUUCAGGCCUGGGUCUGGGAUCAAGCCAUCCCUCGGCAUACCCAACAACGAGAGGGAUCCGUUAUUAGAUCCAACCGGCGAACCAGAAGGCAUACUGCGGCGCGCAGGUCCCGGCUAUGCGCCCGACGCGAAGAACUCAGAGCGCAUCAACGCUACCCUGCUGGCGCUUGUACGAAACGAGGAGCUGCAGGGCAUGCUCCAGGCGAUGAAAGAUCUGGAGAGGACGUGGAACAACAAGUUCAACUACCCAUGGACGUUUUUCAACGAUGUCCCGUUCUCGGAGGAAUUCAAGAAGAAGACAUCAGAGGUGACAAAGGCAGAGACAAGAUAUGAGGUCAUACCGAAAGAGCACUGGGAGAUGCCGUCUUGGAUCAACAUGGACUUGUUCCAAGAAUCCGUCAAGAUCCUGCAGGAGCACGAGAUUCAGUACGCCGACAAGGUCUCGUACCACCAGAUGUGCCGCUGGAACAGUGGCCUCUUCUACAAGCACCCGGCCCUCAAGGACACGCAGUACUACUGGCGGGUCGAGCCCAAGGUGCACUUCUUCUGCGAUAUCGACUACGACGUCUUCCGCUAUAUGCAGGACCACAACAAGACGUACGGAUUCACCAUCAACCUGUACGAUGCUCCAGAGUCCAUCCCCACGCUGUGGCCCGAGACGACCAAGUUCCUCGCCGCCCACAGCGAUUACCUGCACGACAACAAUGCCCUGAACUGGCUGGUGGACAAGGCGCGGAGACCCGAUCACAACGACAAGGCCAAUGGCUAUUCGACAUGCCACUUCUGGAGCAACUUUGAGAUUGGCGACAUGAACUUCUGGAGGAGCCAGCCAUAUGAGGACUACUUCAACCACCUGGACAGGGCUGGUGGGUUCUUUUAUGAGCGGUGGGGAGAUGCGCCCGUGCACAGUAUUGCUCUGGGCCUGUUUGAAGACAGGAAUCGGAUUCACUGGUUCCGAGACAUUGGAUAUCAGCACAUCCCCUUCUUUAACUGCCCCAACUCACCAAAGUGCAAGGGCUGCGUCACCGGCCGUUUCACCGAUGGAGAAUCAUGGUUGAACAAGGAGGAUUGCCGGCCAAACUGGUUCAAGUUUGCACACGCGGGCUGA